AUGGCUGAAUCAAACACGCGUCAUGCGUCCCACAGUCCUAGAGACCCAAUAGGAAAUUUCCGCAAGUGCUGGAUAGCCAGCACUGCCGACAACAAUCUCACGCUUCACGGCUUCCGUCGAUUCAAGACCACACAUUUACUGAAUCUCCGGUUUCUCGAAAACGAGAUCGCCGACAUGGAUCAUAUCAUCUAUCAGGCCGGCCUUAGCUUAGGGCUAAGCGCUUCUUCUUCUGACCGAUUAGGUCUCAACCAUAGCAAGAGGGACGCGAACGUCCCGAAAAUCAGCGAUUCUAUAACUCCAGAGUUCAUCCUAAAAUUACGCGAUCUUCUUAAACAAUACGAUGAAGCACUCGCAGCUUUCAACGGUAUGAUGGCGAUGGAGACUUUCUCACUCCUCGAUGAUGAGAAACAGUCCAGCUGGCGGAGUGACCUCAAUCUGUACGAAGUAUACAAGACCAGGCUGCUCAGAGUAGAUCUAGGGACGCGAGCCCGGACAGAUCCAUUCCAGCGCUGGCUUCACAGGUACCUGCGAGCAUUCCGCUAUUGGAGACUGUCGAGGAAAUCUCAAAACAGCGAGGAAGGCUUCGGAUCAUUCUCUGUACGGCACCACCACCGAUGGUCGUACCAGAACACGAUACUGAUAGCGGAUAUUAUCGGACGUGUAACGGCUGCAGCUUUUACAGCUGUCUUUCUCGUUGCUCCUUUAGCUAUCUUGUCGCAUGAGUCUUCUAAGAAUGUCCAGCUUGUUGUCAUCUCGGUUUGCAUUCUUGUCUUGUCUUUUCUGGUCUCGCUCUUUCUGAAGGUUUCUAGCUUCGAGAUGAUGGCGAUAUCUGCUGCCUAUGCGGCGGUUCUUUCGGUGUUUGUUUCCAAUACACCGGCAAGGGCUUGAAUUAGCAUGUAAUGAUUGGGGUCUGUGUGAAGCUUGGAAUGAGAGGCGUUGAAAGUCUUGGUAGAUUGGGUAGAAUGGACGGGUAGACUGAUUCUUGAACGAU